AUGGUGUCAGGUAUCUAUUUGUUUGGAUUUAAAUAUUUUUCAAACUAUUUAUCUCAUUCCUCUUCAAAGGAAAAGCGUUUUCUUAUUUGUCUCUUGCUUCUUGUCUCUCUAUCCCUCUUUCUCUUCAUGGUUAUGGAGAAGCAGAAAAUAGUUCCUGUUACCACCACAACAAGUAUGGUUCAAGUUGAUGAUGAUGAUCACAAAAGACCACCUUGGUUUGAUGUUAUAGCCAAAGAUAUCAGCAACAAAAACAACAUCAAGAUUGGUCUCGUCAAUGUCAACAGAGAAUUCAAUGGUAACGUAUAUGAACAACUAGAUUCACUUCAUCACUCAAAAGUUGAGACUUUUUCUAUCAAUUUUGACCAUGUUGAUGAGAAUUUGAAAUGGGAGGAUUUUUUUCCUGAAUGGAUUGAUGAAGAUGAGAAAUGGGGUAAACCCCAAUGCCCAAACAUGCCAAUGCCAGUGCUGAAGAAUUAUCAGGAUCUUGAUGUUAUGUUGGCUACUGUUCCAUGUGGGACUAAUGAGGGGGCAGGGGAGAAAGCAGGGGUUAGGGACUUGUUUAGGUUGCAGGUGAAUUUGGUGGUGGCUAAUUUGGCAGUGGAAAGUGGUUGGGUCACCACAUUGGAGAGUGAUCACAAGAAUGUGUAUGUUGUGUUUGUGGGAUCUUGUGGUCCCAUGCUGGAGAUUUUCAAAUGUGAUGAACUAUUGAUGCAUCAAGGGGAAUAUUGGGUGUACAAGCCUGAUUUGAAGAGGUUGAAGCAGAAUAUGCUUAUGCCUGUUGGUUCUUGCCAGCUUGCUACUAGUUAUGCAGAAACAGGUAAAGAGCUAUGGAGACCUCCAACAAUGAAUCAGGAUAGCACCAUGCAUGUUCCAAAGUUAGCCUAUGUGACUGUCCUUCACUCUUCAGAAGCUUAUGUUUGUGGUGCAAUAGCUCUUGCUCAAAGCAUCCUUCAAACCAAUAGAAACAUUGCUCAAACCAUAGACCUAGUCCUGCUAGCUGAUACAUCAAUUGGUCCAAAAUCCACUAGAGGACUAAAAGCUGCAGGGUGGAAGAUCAAGCGCAUCCAACGUAUCCUUAGCCCCUUUGCCAAAAAAAGUGCUUAUAACCGGUGGAACUAUAGCAAGCUAAGAAUGUGGCAACUUACCAUGUAUGACAAAAUCAUCUUCAUAGAUUCUGACUUGUUAAUCUUGAAUAACAUUGACCAUUUCUUUGCUUACCCUCAACUAUCAGCUGCACCUAAUGAGCUCUCAAUAUUCAACUCCGGGUUGAUGAUAGUUGAGCCAUCUGAGUGCAUGUUCGAGUACAUGAUGAAGAAAACUUCCAAGGUGCAACCAUACAAUGGGGGUGAUCAAGGUUUUCUGAAUGAGAUCUUCACAUGGUGGCACAGGUUGCCAUCGAAGCUAAAUCUCCUAAAGACUUUUAAAAGGCAGGGAGAAAAUGAAACGCAUGAGGUCCCAAAGAAUGUGUAUGCAAUACAUUACUUGGGUUUGAAGCCUUGGAUGUGUUAUAGAGAUUAUGAUUGUAAUUGGGACAUGCAAGACCGUCAAUUGUUUGCAAGUGACUCAGCUCAUGAAAGGUGGUGGCAGGUUUAUGACAACAUGCCAAAAGAGUUGCAAUCUUAUUGUGCACUUACAAAGCCAAUGAAUGAAAGACUUUUGAAGAUGAGAAAAAUAGCAAGAAAUGCCAGUUUUGUUGAUGGGCAUUGGAUGAUUGAGGUUAAGGAUCCUAGAAAAGAUGAAAUAUUAUUUUGA